UUGUGAAGAACCUAAGGUCCAAUAGUGGCCCAAUGGGAUCUUAACCCUACCCUUUAUAUUUCUUCUUCUUCUUCCCAAACCUAAGAGGGUUUAGUCGCCGGCCAGAGCUCGCAGCAGCAGGAGCACCACCGUUCACUUCUUCCAAAAUGGGUAUCUCUCGUGAUUCCAUGCACAAGAGGCGCGCCACUGGUGGCAAGAAGAAAGCUUGGAGAAAGAAGAGAAAGUACGAGCUUGGGAGGCAGCCAGCGAACACAAAGCUGUCAAGCAACAAGACGGUUAGGAGGAUUAGGGUUCGUGGUGGGAAUGUGAAGUGGCGUGCUUUGAGGCUUGACACUGGUAACUACUCUUGGGGGAGUGAGGCUGUGACCCGUAAGACAAGGAUCCUUGAUGUGGUGUAUAAUGCAUCCAACAAUGAGCUGGUUCGGACUCAGACAUUGGUCAAGAGUGCUAUCGUUCAGGUUGAUGCUGCGCCCUUCAAGCAGUGGUAUCUGCAGCAUUAUGGUGUUGAUAUUGGGCGCAAGAAGAAGAGUGCUGCUGCUUCUGCCAAGAAAGAAGGAGAGGAUGGCGAAGCUGCAACUGAGGAGGUGAAGAAGAGUAACCAUGUUUUAAGAAAGUUGGAAAAGCGUAAACAGAACCGGGUGCUUGAUCCUCACAUUGAAGAACAAUUUGGAGGUGGUCGCCUUUUGGCCUGUAUCUCAUCCCGACCUGGCCAAUGUGGCCGUGCUGAUGGAUAUAUAUUAGAGGGUAAAGAGCUAGAAUUUUACAUGAAGAAGCUUCAGAGGAAGAAGGGAAAGGGUGCUGCUUAAGAUAUUCUCUCUUCGAACUCGAACAAUCAGAUGAUCAGUUUUGCCAGUAGCUCUACUUUCUUGGGCGGGAGGGUUGUAUGGGUUGGUUUAAUUAUAGCCAAAGUAACUUUUAAUUGUUUACUUCAUAGUGAGUUCUGUUCAAGUUGAUUAUUAAACUAGCAACUGUCCUUGGAAUUAUUUUCAUUUGUAGUUUAAUUUGGAAACUUAAUUAUGUGAAUUCUUAAAAUGAGUGUUUCUUUUUGAUUUGUGAUC